AUGGCAGAGCUUCAGGAUAACCUGGCUGGCCUUCGUGGCCUGUAUCAGGACCUCUCUGCACUUUCGGACUCCUCGUUUCUCAAUAUCGAACGUCUCUGUGUUGAAUUGGAGACGCAUAUUCACGACUUCCGAAAACUCCUUGACAAGCCCACGAAAAACAAUGCCAGUCGCCAGGCAGUUCUUUCAGGGAAGAUAACCGUCGCGGAAGUUGAAUACUCGGUCAAUGAAGACUUUCAGCAGGGGACACUUCAAGUCGCCGAUGCGCUGAACAUCGAUGAACUACAAGCGGCCGUGAUGUUCUUGGGCGCCCAAGACGACUCGCACGUACUGGAUCGGCCUCCUGUCAUCACAGCCAUUAUGCGAUUCCAUGAGCGCCGACACUUCCUUCUGGAAUGCUUGCGCCUUAUUUUCCGGGAAUCCUCAGAGGUGGAGCGCGAAACGACACAGGUUAUUAUGCAAGAAACGCUGGCCCAUGUCUUGGAAAUCAAGGACAGCCCAUUGCGAAACGCAUCGCUGUUCGCAAGGAAAGGCAUGGAUUCCAUGGCCGAUAUUGAAAAAUGGCUGUCUCUUCUUGGAGAUCAAGUACAGAAAGCGUCAAUAGUUGGUCAAGGAGAAGACCGUGAUAUCAUGGAGGCCAUUGAAUACCAGCGUCGCAGCUUGCAGCAGCAACAUGAGUCUCUGGGGGCCAUUCUGUUUUACUUGUUCAAAGGGACAUACACGAGCACCGAGGACUUUCGUAUCUUGAUGAAUCAGUUGAAAAAUUUGGAGCGAUUUGAUGGGCUUCUGAUCCACUACAUUCCGGUCACAAUUGCGUCCUUCGUGCAACACGGCUCUCCAGAGGGUUCAGGCUCCCACAAGGAGGCUCGAAGCCUAGACUCGAUCAUCACUACAUCCAAAGAUGGUCAAGGUUGGAAGCUGCCCAACUUUCAUGCUGCCAUCAUUGCGCUAUGGUUGGCAGUCUACAGUGGGUGGUAUUUUGACGUUGGCCCGUCAUCUCCUGGUCCAGGAGUGGAUCCUGAAAAGGAAGCGGAAGAGCGUACGAAGAUGUUUAUGACUGCCCUCGACGAUGGCGCUCUUGACUUUAUGCUUGCAAUCUGCUCUGGCGUCAACAAUGAAGAAUGGGCUGACCCGGCACGCAGCGAGCUGGUGGCACUUUUAUUGCGAGAGAGCGUCGUAUCGUUGCCUGAGUCUGAACCUUGCUCUGGGUACAUGAAAGAGCUGUUGAUGGAAAACUUCGAAGCCUUUGUGGAAUCAUGUAUCGCAAACAUGCCCGACGCAGUGCGGAUGCUGAAGUCAGAGGAAGACACCCAAAGAUUGGAUCAGAUCACUGCCCUCAGGGAUGGCCUGACAUCUAGCCUUCAUCGGGGCUUGGUAGAGGCACGAACCCAUCUCGAAUCUCUUCUGAUGGUCAUUUCAUUUGCUUUUGAACAUCGACGAGAUGCUGCUCAGGAAUUCUGGGCCGACCCUGAUGGUAACCUCUACGGCUUCCUCCAGUGGGCGUCAAAACGGCAGACUGUUCCUCGAGUGAGUGCCUUUUGUGAGAUGCUGUGCUCCAUCUCCGAGGGUGAAGAAAAUGCGACUGCGGUGCACAGGUUCUUGUCAGAAGAAGACAAGUUCAUGGCCUCGAAGUUCAAGCGAUCUACGACGAUGAACUGGACGCAGAUGUUUGCCGAACUGCGACUUUAUGCAUCUCGAGUCACUGAGAAGCCUUCCAGUAGUACUACCUCGCAAGGGAUGUUGCGCGCCCGCAAGCCGGAGCCGGUGGACAUGAGCGAGCCAGAAAGCCCGGUGAUGUUGACAUGCUAUCUCCGGCUGAUGGGUCACCUGUGUAAACAGAGUAGAACCAUACGGGAGUGGUUGCUGCAAAACGAAUCAUUCAAUAUCGUCAACAUUUUGUUGACGUUGUGCAGUGGCCCGAUCCCGUCCCAUCUCAGAGCAACUACGUUCUCCACACUAGCAGCAUUGAUGACCGACAGGACAUCCGUGCACGGAAACGAAAUGUGGCUCUCGGUUGACCAAUGGCUAUCAGGUGGAUCUAUGGGUGCUUCGGGAAUCGGUAAAGUGCCACUGGUCUCCAAUCCUCCAGUGUGGCACGCGCAGCAAGCAUUGCAAAAGAUUGGCGAGAGUUUCGACCAAACGAAUGCGUUCGUUGUCCUUGUCAACUCACUAAUCACUCCCGCCUCCGAUUUGGCCACUGAUCCCCUGUCGCUGCCUUUCCCAGAGUCUCUGGGUGGAACAUAUCGCAUGCCAGGAAUUGAGCCCUACACUGAUUUUAUCUUGGGGCACGCGUUUUCGCGGAAAAUCCAGGACCUCAACGACUAUCAAUCCCGGUUACUAACUUACAACUGUCUGCAUUUUGUUGUAGAGGGUUUGAAAUCUUUCAAUGAAGACUUGGUCUCUGUUCUGAGCUCGCCCACAGUCGCUUCGGAUCCUGCCAAAACAUCGACCCUGGUCACUUAUGUUCGCCUUCAUCCAUUCGCUCGAGUUGUGGAGUGGCUUUUCAAUGAAGAUGUCCUCAGAGCCCUGUUUGCAACAGCCCACCAAGAUAUCUCGGAGGUUGCUCAGGCAUCAUCCGACUCGGUCCUGGUCUCUACCUUGCUCCGAAGCAUCGAAGUGAUGAACCUCAUCAUGGACCUUCAAUCGACAUAUUUCCACAUUGUGCGGUCUUUGAUCAAGUCCCAAGCUGGGGGAAAUAGAACCACCGUGGCAAACUCAUCCCUCGCCUCGUUGGAAGACAGCGUGCUGAACAACCUGGGUCUCAUCCCCGCACUGUGUCUCUAUUGUGGCACUGGGCAUGAGCAGCUUACCGUCACCUCCAUGGCCUUGCUGGAGAAGCUCACAAGCUCCAGAAAGCUCAACAAGAUGUCGUCGCCUGAACUUCUCAAGUGGCAAUCUUCGAACAAAAUUGUGGAGGUUCUGGCUACCGAAGUGGAAGUUGAUAGUGUAUCGCGUCCACUUGUAUCCCAGAUGGAGCCUGACCCGAGGGAACUGGAGUUCGGCUCGCAAUCAGCCGGCUACGUCAUUAGAGAAAGUCUUCUUGCUCUCUUGAACAGCUGCCUCGCGAUGAUUACAGAUCGCCCGACUGUAGCUCAUCUCCUUCUUGGUUUUGGCUGCGUGGGCAAUAUGCUUGAUGUGUCGUCGGAGGGCCUGCUCGCAAACCAAAUGUCACUGUUGCAUGCUAUCAUUGGCUUCCUGCAAACUUACCCUGACGACUUGGAUGGGAGCAUUACAUCAUGGAUGGUGCACCUCAAACGUAUGGCAUUCGAAGUCCUGAGACAUUUGUGGUCAUCGAAACUUGCCACUUAUUUCACACUUGGCGAGAUGCGUGCCCAGGGCUUCCUUCUCAACAUGUUCGCUGUCCAGCCCAUUGUCGGGCCAAACACAACCUGGAAUGGCUAUCCGGUCGUUUCAGAUGAAUUUUGGCUCUCUGAUGCCACUUCUGCUCUGGCUGAGUUCCUUCUCUACCGAAGUCAUUUGUUCGCAUAUGCGGCGACCGAGAUUCGUUCGGCCGCCAAGGUCGGAUCACCGACCCUCCAAGCAGGGAUUUUGUCGACUCUGCUUGGGAACUCAGUCUUGGACAAUGGCGAAACCGUUCCCAAUCCAACCGUGUUUGACCUCUUUGAUUUUGCCGAUCUUGAUGUUGGACGGGAAUUCAACCCCCCUGCGCUCUCCUUGCUUGACCAGAUCGCUUUUGAGGUUUGCGCCAAACAAGAAGAGGAUUCGUUGGUCCUUUACAACAUUGCUGAGAUGGAGGAGUUGAUCCAAGUUCGGAAAGCAGAAUUGCUGGCCAGUGGCCCUCCACGCCCCCAGGACGAGGAGCAAUUCCUGGCCGAGGCAGAAAGUCUGAAGUUGUUCGUUCUUGCAACCAACCAGAGCCGCCAGAUUCAGCACAAUCGUUACCUCGCCCUUCGGUCCUGGACGGAGCUCAUCACCACAAUUAUCACCUGUUCCGCAAUGGAUGACGGGAGUCGACCGACUUUCAUCUCUCACACCAUCCAAAUGAUUCUUCCGAAGCUCGAGACUGCGAUUGAGGGCGACUUACCAGAAGCCCUCGAAUUGGCACGGUUGGCUGAAACAUUGAUCAACCGGAUUGUAUCCGACAUCUCUAAAACACUUGCUUCCCGCAGUGGAGAUGUCAUUGAUGAAAAGCUCCACCAACUCUUCCAGAUCUGCAUUCGAGGCAUUGGCUUGGCAACAGGGAAUGUGUCCCUGAGAGAAAUCCUUUACAGCAUCUCUUCUCAGUACAUAACCCGCAUUACGUCGUCUGAUUCGACUCACGCGAGUUUGCGGCACCACAGCCAACAAAUCAUCAAGACGGCCGGGCCCGGUCUGAUUGAGACUAUUUGCGAUGAUGCAUAUACUGGCCAGGAGGCAUGCCGUGCCUCCGCCCUUCUCCUCCUGAACUGUCUGGCAAUUCUGGACAGCCGGGCAGACUGCAUUCUCGCGGGGCUGGUCUCGCAAUCCAACUAUUUGACUCUUUUCCUGGACGCCAUUCGAACUCUACCGCUUGAGCUGCGGGGUUCUCAGGGAAGUGACACACCUGUGCUGCUAGCAUAUUACGAGUCGCUUCUGUCUUUGCUGCAGCAACUCUCUCAGACGAAGAGUGGUGCCACCUAUGUUCUCAAGUCGGGUCUUUUCGAGGCCGUUCGUGAGUCGCAGUUGUUUGCAGCGGAUCCCGACAUUGGCAUCGAUAUCGACAACCCUGAUGCGCUGCGCAAAUACUACGACCUUCUUCUCUCGGUCAUCCGAGUCAUUGUUUCUGCUGUCUUCUCCCGAGGGAUCCACAACGAGCAAAUCAAAGAGCAGACCCGGGUCUUUAUGGCCGAAAACCGGCCAUGUAUGGUGGGGAUCUUCAAGCGGUUUGCCAAAAUCGGGGGAAGCUCCACCCCUGACCACCAUGCAACUCUUUGUGAAUUGGUUAAAUCGUUUAUGGCGCUGGUUGCCGCCACUGAUUUCCUCGAGUUUGAGGACCAGGAAGUUCAGCAGACCGGUCGACCAGCUUUGUUCUCUUGA